AUGCGAUUUCUCGGAACCGUCGCUGGGGCUGCUGCCCUCUCCUCUGCUCAGGCUGCCUCUCUCAAGGAUGUCUGUACAGCUUCGUAUGCCAAAUCUGUCCUCCCCACCAAUGUCGCGCAGGGCAUUGAGCUCGACAGCUCUUCCGUGACUGCCAAUGCCGUCUACAACGCCUCUGUCUCCAACGAGGUCUUCUUCCCCGACGCUACCUUUGACUACUGCAACGUCACCCUGGCCUACUCGCACAGCGGACGCGAUGACCAGAUCCUCCUUGAGCUCUGGCUGCCAUCCCCCGACAAGUUCAAGAACCGCUGGCUGUCCACUGGUGGCGGUGGCUUUGCCAUCAACAGUGGCAGCAACAGUCUCCCUGGCGGUGUCAUGUACGGUGCUGCUGCUGGUAUCACCGACGGUGGCUUUGGAGGCUUCAGCAACCAGCUGGACUCGGUCUUCCCCACUGCCAAUGGCACGGCCAACCUCGAGGCCAUCUACAACUUUGGAUACCAGUCUCACCACGAGCUGAGUGUCAUCGGCAAGGCGUUCACCAAGAACUUCUUCAACGUCUCCGACAAGCUCUACGCGUACUAUCAAGGAUGCUCCGAGGGUGGCCGUGAAGGAUGGAGUCAGGUCCAACGGUUCCCUGAAGAAUGGGACGGCGCUGUCAUUGGCGCCCCCGCCAUGCGUUACGGCCAGCAGCAGGUCAAUCACCUCUAUCCCGACGUCGUCGAGCAGACCAUGGGCUACUAUCCCCCUCCCUGCGAAUUGCAGAAGAUCAUGAACUUGACCAUUGCCGCCUGCGACUCUCUCGAUGGCAAGGUUGACGGCGUUGUCUCCCGUACCGAUCUCUGCAAGUUGCACUUCAACGUCAACUCGACUAUCGGCGAGCACUACCACUGCGAUGCAUCCACCAGCUCGACCAUGCUGAAGAAGCGCGUCGGCAUGACCAACACCACCCCUGAACAGAACGGAACCGUCACUGCCAAGGGUGCUGCUGCCGCUGCCAAGAUGCUCGACGGUCUCCGUGAUUCUGAAGGCCGUCGCGGUUACAUCUGGUACCAGCCUUCUUCUUCCUUUGACGAUGCCGAAACCCAGUACAACUCCGACACCGACUCGUGGGAGUUGGACAUUACCUCCCUCGGUGGUGAGUGGGUGACUCGCUUCCUGCAGCUCGUCGAAGCCGAUAACCUCUCCACCCUCAACAACGUCACCUACAAUACCCUCAUCGACUGGAUGACUCUCGGCUGGACUCGCUACGAAGACGUCCUCCAAACCACCUGGCCCGACCUGACUCCCUUCCAGCAAGCUGGCGGCAAAAUCAUCCACUUCCACGGCGAGUCCGACCCCAGUAUUCCCACCGGUUCCUCCGUCCACUACCACGAAUCCGUCCGUAACAUCAUGUACCCGCACAUCUCCUACAACGCCAGUACCGAAGCCAUGGCCGACUGGUACCGUUUGUACCUCGUCCCCGGUGCCGCCCACUGCAACACAAACGACUACCAGCCCAACGCCCCCUUCCCGCAGACCAACCUCGCCGUCAUGAUCGACUGGGUGGAGAACGGCGUCAACCCGCACACUUUGAACGCUACCCACCUCGCUGGCGCCAACAAGGGUGCUAAUGCUCAGAUCUGCGCUUGGCCUUUGCGUCCGCUCUGGUCUAACAAUGGAACCUCGUUGGAGUGUGUGUAUGAUCAGAAGUCGAUUGACACUUGGCAGUACACUUUUGAUGCUUACAAGCUUCCUCUCUACUGA